AUGUCCGGGGUUGCUGAGAUUGUCGGGGCUGCCGGGGAUCGGCAGAGAGCGCUAUUGUCAAUAUCCGGCCGGAUAUUGGGUGGUGAAAAGCGCGCCAACCACCAUAAAUUGACUCAAUCUGAGGAGGAUUCACUUGUCAAAUGGGUUCUUGAUUUAGAUCGACGUGGAUUACCUCCCCGGCAUUCUCUCGUACGAGAAAUGGUCAAUUAUCUUCUUUUACAACAUGGCAAACCACAAGUUGGAAAAAAUUGGGUAACCAAUCUGAUUAAACGCCGCCCAGAGAUUGAUUCCAAAUUCGCAAGGAAAUAUAAUUAUGAACGUGCCAAAUGCGAAGAUCCAAAGAUCAUCCAAGAACAUUUUGAUCGCGUACGAGAUGCUAUAUCUAAGUAUGGGAUCCUACCAGAAGAUAUCUACAAUUUUGAUGAGACUGGUUUUGCUAUGGGACUCUGCGCAACUGCAAAGGUUAUUACCGGAAGUGAUCGAUAUGCUCGGCCAAAGCUUUUACAACCUGGGAAUCGAGAAUGGGUGACUGCAAUUGAAGCAACAAAUUCAACUGGUUGGGCUAUUCCUUCGUACAUUAUUUUCAAGGCAAAGAAAAAUGUACGAUUGGGCUGGUUUGAUGAUCUACCAAGUGAUUGGAUGAUUAAUAUUAGUGAAAAUGGCUGGACUACAGAUCAAAUAGGAUUAGAAUGGCUUAAAACCCAUUUUAUUCCUUAUAUUAAUAGCCGGUCAAUGGGAUCAUAUAGAAUGUUGAUCCUUGAUGGCCAUGGAAGCCAUUUGACUGCAGAAUUUGAUCGUACAUGCACUGAGAAUAAUAUUAUUCCAAUCUGCAUGCCACCUCAUUCUUCACAUCUAUUACAGCGUCUUGAUGUUGGCUGUUUUGCGGUUUUAAAACGACAUUAUGGGCAGGUUGUUGAGCAACGAAUGAGAGAUGGAUUCAAUCAUAUCGAUAAAUUGGACUUUUUAAUGGCAUUCCCAGAGGCUCGUACGGUGGCAUAUAAAGCUCGAACUAUUCAGAAUAGCUUCGCAGCCACUGGAUUAGUGCCAUUCAAUCCAGAUCGAGUGAUUCAGCAACUUAAUAUCCAAUUAAAGACACCAACACCCACUCCGAGUCGAUCAAGCAAUACACAAUCAUCUUGCUUACAAACCCCUCAAAAUAUACGCCAAUUUGUACGCCAGUCAACUACAAUUACGAAACGUAUAAGUGAGCGUACAGGAAGCCCAAAUCAAGUGAUUGAUCAAGCAGUUAUGCGAAUGUCAAAAGCCUAUGAAACGACAAUGAAUGAUCUUCUACUCGUACGGAAAGAAAACCAUGAUUUACGAGCUGCGCAUGAAAAAGAGAAGCAAAAACACCAAAAAUCUAAGAAACAGAUAUCUAUUGAGCAUGGGAUUACUAGCGAAGAAGCUCAAGCGCUCGUACAAGGUCAGGUUAAGGCAUCUCAAGCUGUUACUAUAGCUCCAGCUGAACCGGAGCUCCCAGCUUCUCAGCAAGUCGUACGCCGCCAAUUUCGCUGUAGUGGUUGUGGUGUUGAAGGGCAUAGAAUUAAUCGAUGUCCUAAUCAAACUAGUAGUUAG